AUGGCUUCUAACCCAGGAAUGACUGCGGACCAAAUCGCGCUCAUCAAGGCGACGAUUCCUGUUCUCGCGGAACAUGGAAACACCAUCACGACUGUCUUCUAUCGCAACAUGCUUGAAGCUCACCCGGAGCUGAACACCGUGUUCAACACUUCCAACCAGGUGAACGGACAUCAGCCUCGUGCGCUAGCCGGUGCACUCUACGCAUACGCCUCGCAUAUCGAUGACCUUGGCGCACUAAGCUCAGCGGUUGAGUUGAUCUGCAACAAGCAUGCGUCUUUGUAUAUCAAGCCCGACGAUUACAAGAUCGUUGGCAAGUACCUCCUCGAAGCCAUGGGUGAGGUGCUCGGCGCGGCAUUGACACCAGAAAUCCACGACGCAUGGGCCACAGCCUAUUGGCAGCUCGCAGAUAUCAUGAUCGGCCGCGAAAAGCAGCUUUACGAAAGUGCCGAGGGAUGGACUGACUGGAGAGACUUCAAGAUUGUCAACAAAGUCAAGGAAUCUGAGGAAAUCACCUCCUUCUAUCUCGCCCCAGUUGAUGAACAGCCACUUCCGGCCUUCCAGCCCGGCCAGUACAUUUCCGUCCAAACCCACGUCCCAGCUCUCAAGUACCCGCAAGCCAGACAGUACUCUCUCAGCGAUCAACCGAAGCCCGACUACUAUCGCAUUAGUGUGAAGAGAGAAAUUGGCCUCAACCCAGCUGCCCCAGGUGCUGCCACCCAUCCAGGUCACAUUUCGAAUGUCCUCCACGAUACCUGCAACAUUGGCGACCAGGUCAAAGUCUCUCACCCCUACGGCGACUUUUUCCUUUCUCCCGCCGACUCGGAAAGCGGCAACCCGAUCGUGUUGAUCGCUGCUGGCGUGGGCUUGACGCCACUGACGUCGAUCCUGAACACAUUGGUUUCCAAAUCGCCUGAAACACGCAAAGUGCACUUCAUUCAUGGCGCACGUUCGGAAAGCGUGCGUGCUUUCAAAAAGCACAUAUCCGAGCUCCCAAAGCAAUUUCCCUCCAUUCAUACAACAUUCUUUACGAGUCACCCCUCUGAAGGAGAGAAGGAAGGUGUGGACUACGAUCAUGCCGGGCGGGUGGACUUGUCUAAGUUGAAGGAUCAAGACUUGUUCUUUGAUGAUGCUAAGGCGGAUUAUUACAUUUGUGGACCCGGAAAGUUCAUGACAGAUAUGGAGUCGGCUCUCAAGGCCAAGGGCGUGAGUGCCGAUCGCAUCAAGAUGGAAUUGUUCGGAACCGGGGGUGUUCCUCAUUGA